AUGCAGGAAGGUUUGACAGCCAACCAUGUCCUCCCAGAAAACCCGUCUUGGAUUGAGUUUCCUCGGACAGACGGGGACAUCUCCAUGUUGCCCAGAAACACACAGAGAAUAGUCGACAACGAGGGCAACGUGAACUUUAUGCGUCCCGUCGAUGACAACGAGAGUACAGCGAUCAGCUGGCGAGUCGGAGUUGCAGCACAGAUAGCUAAGAAAUUGGCCUAUCCUGGUAAGAGCCGCAUGACUUGCAAGGGACAGAAAUACGUCUUGAGAUCGUUCCCGGACGGAUACCAGCUGUUUGACCACAACAAAGGUCCUGCAACAGCCCCGAGGCACGACCCGUACCUCUGUGGCUCAAAACUCGUGAAUCGCUUCCGUUCAGUCAAUGAGUUCAUCCCGCACGCAAUAUGGCUCAUGCAGGACGCCACUUCAGAUCGUGCGAAUUGCGAAUGCAAGUACUGUGCCAAAAAGCCCCAGCGGCAGGUGACAGACGCACUUGACCUCCCAAGGCAGCGCGCAUCUGGCAUUCCUUCCGCAACGCCAUCCAAGGGCCUCCGCCGGCUACGCGAACCACGUGUAGUCAAAAACAAGCCUUACGCAGCGGUGAGGCGGGUUCCGAAGCCUGUGAAGCAGUUGACGGGACCAGAGCAAGCCUUGGCACCGGAAAGAGAUGCCGACAUUCGUGCGGGGCUCGUAGGAGACGCCCCUCGCUGGUACAGAAGAGGCGAGCUCUUGUGGUGCGCACUAGAUCCACCGAUUCGGGGGCGUACUGAAGCGGAUACAAUAUACUUCUGGCCGGGCAUCGUGCAUGAUGUGGCGGUGAAGACGGAAGCUAUUCCUCGAGUCGUGGAGGCUGGAGGUCAGUCCGCGAGUGGCAACAUUGACAUGACGGCCUUGUACGUGCAGGAUACGGAAGAGAACUCUGCGGCAAAACCAGACGAAUCGCAUGAGCCAUAUCUACCGCAAGAUAGCGAUCAGAAGGUUCCUUGGACAGUCCGUCAGUGGAAUGUCUAUACUAUGAAGCUUCUCGCGGUUACCCAUGAGUAUUUCGUUUCUGACUCCCAACUCCUCCCGUACCUGGCCCACGCGCCGUCAGAAGAACUCACUCGAACGGCCUUUGGUGAGCUAAUGAAUCUGCUGGACGAGACCCCCAUACCGGAGAUGGAUAAAGAUCUAUCUAGAGUGUUCCCCUUUAAUCCUGUCCAUCAGGAUGCGGAUGGGACCUCCAGCACUCGACCCGGGCAGGAUCGCUUCAGGCAGGCCGUGGCACCCUUUACACUCGCUGUGCAGAUCGCGUCUAACCUCGCGCGCUUCUGGUGCCAGACGGACGAGUGGGAAUGCAAAUACACCAUUUCGCCGGCCAUCCCCCCCUCAAAUUCCCAGGCUCCUGAACCUGCGCCUUCCUCCACUGACCAGCACUCACUGCACGCGCUGAUCACUCAGUCCAUGGCCAAUAAUGCCACUACUGACCUAAGUGCGCGUGCGAGUGCGCAAAAUCUCUCACAAACGGUGACGCAGACACGUUUCCAGGGCCUCUGGUGGGGCGCAGAACGUAUCUGGACCGACGAGCUCGUGCGGCUCAAGCUAGCUCGGUGCCAGUUUGCUCCAGAGGGGACCGACGUUAUCUUGCCUCCGUCUGGCCCUUCAAAGUCUACGCUUGCCUUCGCUGAGGCCGCUGGGGCCAAGGGCGAAAUAGAUCCGCGGAUGAUGGGCGCGGGGGAGAAGGGGUUGUUCUUGCGGCUGGAGGGCGUCUUCGCUGUGGAAGUGACGAAGGAGGACGGGACCAUCAGCAAAGAGUGCCGGGCGAGCGGGACGCUGUACGAACUCGCUGAUGAAGCGCUGGAGGACGAGAACAUGAGUGGUGUCCACGCGACGGGCCCCGAGUCAGUAAGCCAAGUGGGAAACGGUCCGUCGUUCAUGCCAGGACCCUCACCCCUCAAACCUCCGCCGCUGCCGAACCCAGACCCGACAGUGCCCCUAGAGGAGACUGCUGCUGCCGCAAUUUCGCAGACAGUCCCUCUAAGCGGGCGGCCCAAGAAACGUACGGUGGGAGGGCAACUGUCACACCCAGUCCUCUCGACGUUCUACCCGCUGCCGGAGCCGCCGAGGGGCUACAAGUUCCGCGCCAUACACCCAUCAGGUCACGAAGUUGUUUUGUCUCUCUCGUUGAUCAGCGGAAGAUACUACCCGCAAUUGCUUGCUCACCCUCUUAUGGUCCCGACGGUGCAGAAAGCUUUCCAUCUGCCACCAGAGCAGGGAGGGCUGUUCGAGCAUCGACAUCUGUGGGCGAUGGAAGGGCUGCUGCCGGGUGUACACCAAUCUAUGGAGCCUGCGGCAUGGAAGGGCAGUCGCUUUAUCAUGUUCAAGGACGCUGAUGCACAAGCGAGGGCGCAAUUUCACCAAUUGUGGGCGAAUUGCAAGCGGGAGCGAGAGCAGGGUGUCGUUGUACCCGUCCAGCCACACGAAAUUAUUGACGUCGAUAUGCUGCCGUCUUGA